AUGCCACCCACAAAACAAGAACUCUCCCUCCUCAUCAACCCUCUCGUCCCCGAAUCCCUCCAACACAACAACAGGACAUUAUCCUCCCUCCACUCCCUCACCUCCUUCCUCCUGGGUCUCACAGCCGGAAUCCUCUCCCUCCAAUCCGCCACGGGAUUCCUCUUCUACCUCCUGGGAACGGUCUUCGUGUCCGCGCUGUUCCACGCCCUAUUACUCUAUCGCUCGGGGGGACUCGGUGCGGGGAUGUAUUUUGCUGGCGCGAAUGGGGAAAUCGAGGGUAUGGAUGAGAGGGGUGUCGUCGUUGGUGGUGGUGGUACUAAGGGUGGGGGGAUGAUGAGACGUGCGGCUUGGAGGGAUGUUUGGUUUGGGGGUGGGGUGUUGGGGGAGGCGCUUAGUGGGUUUGUGCUUGGGUGGGCGGGUGUUGGGGGGGUUUUGAGGUGA